CUCACUGCAGAUUUUUCAGCGCCCUGGCUUUAGCCGAGCCGGGUAGGAAACGACCCCUGCUCUCUUGCUCGUCCGCCCAGAGAGGAUGCUUUGACAGAUGUAUACAAAGAGACCAUCCCCGGGUCUCACUUUCUGUGCCUUCUACCUGGCCACCUACCUCACGAACAAGUAUGUCCUGUCUAUCUUGAAAUUCACCUACCCCACCUUAUUCCAAGGGUGGCAGACAUUAAUUGGUGGACUUUUGCUUCACAUUUCUUGGAAGCUGGGUUGGGUAGAGAUCAACAGCAGUUCCAGGGCCAAGGUUCUGGCAUGGCUUCCCUCUUCAAUGAUGUUUGUGGGGAUAAUCUACGCAGGUUCUAGGGCAUUAUCUAGAUUGUCCAUUCCCGUGUUCUUCACAUUGCAUAAUGCAUCGGAAGUUAUUGUCUGUCUGUACCAGAAGUGCAUUUCAAAAGAGCUUGUAUCUCCUGCAAAAAUCUGUAGUGUUAUCUUCCUCCUGGCUGCUGCAGGAUGUCUUCCCUUUUAUGACUCACAAUUUGAUCAAAUUGGAUAUUUCUGGGCUACCAUUCACUUAUUCUGUGUAGGCACUUACAAAAUACUUCACAAGGCCCAGAAAUCCAACACGUUAAGUGACAUUGACCAGCAGUACCUAAACUACAUAUUCAGCAUGGUCCUGUUGGCCUUUGCAUCUCAUCCCACAGGUGAUCUUUUCAGGGCCCUGGAGUUUCCAUUCCUGUAUUUCUACAGAUUCCACACCAGCUGCUGUGCUAGUGGAUUCUUGGGAUUCUUUUUGAUGUUAAGUUCAGCAAAGCUAAAAAACAGCAUGGCUCCAGGACAGCACACAGCCUGGAUUUUCUUUGCCAAGGUUAUGACAGCUGGUUUUUCGAUUUUGCUGUUUGACACAGUCCUGGACAUUGCAAUGGUGGCUUGCCUUCUACUGGGUGUCCUGGGAGAAGCCUUGCUGGUUUACUCAGAGAGAACAAGCACCUAGAGAAGAGGAGCACAAAACCCACAAGCUACAAAUUCCAGCAAAACAAGAAAGCAAGACCCCUGUGUGGAUGGAGGAGAUAACAUGGAAGCAGCCAGAAUAUCGAGAGCCAUGGCCGGGCCUACUUCUUCCUCAGGAGAGAGGCCUCAGAGAAAACAACAUCUGUCCCUAAGGAAGAGAGAAGGGGGCCCUCUGGAUGUUGUUACGAGUGGCUGCCCGUGGCUAUCUUUGGCGUUUCUCAGCACCGGCUUACUAGAGACACAAGCGGUCAUUCAGUGCCUAUAUUUCUCUCAGCCCCUUUGUGGAGGGAGGAGAAAUAGAAUCUUCCCUGGGAUUUCCUAGAUCUUUUUUGGAAGCAUAGGAUCCAUUUUUAUAUUCUUCAGGGAAUUCCCAUCCCUAGAUUCUCCUGCCUGGCCUGACAAAGAAUUGCAGAAUUCAUCUUGGAGAGAAAUCCUUGGGAGGGAGUUGAUUUGUGAGGAACUGAAUGGCCCUUGCUGGGCUACACUAGAAAUCAGCCAGGCAGCCUGACUUCUCUGUUUUGAGCUUGAAAGCUUAGUUGUUGUUGUCGGGUUUUGGGGGUGGUUUUUGGUUUGUUUUUGUCAUUGCUUUUCUUUCCCUCUCACAGAUUUCUCUGAACUCUCAGCAAGUCUAUGUUGCAUUUAUGUUUUCUUAAUUCCAUGCACUGUUCCAUCUCCUGCAAGAUGAAAACCCAAGUUAACACUAAAUUAUCACCAAAGGGAGGUGGUUGUGUAAGCACUGAUGGAUGCCCUGGAUAGUAAAAGACACUCCCCUGCUCUCUGCCCAAAACAACAACAAAACCCCAAACAAUCUGCAUUCCCCGAAGCCUUCAAAUUAGUUCAUUCCCUGGCAUCCCAGAAGAAGUUGCAAAUCACUUUACAAGAAAACAAGCUUGCGUUUUUUCCAUGAGAAAGUGGAUUGGAAAUGUUAUAACCCUAUAAGAGGCUCUUAUGGGAAUGAAUUUAUAUAGGAUGAGAAUUAGUUUUGGGAUCCACAAGGAAGAUGUUGAGGAAAUCAUCAAUAUUUGGCUCCAAAAAUAUUUGGGUUUACAGUUGUUUUGUGAAGACAGUAUCACCCUACCCUCAUUUACAGAGCUUUGGCCUUUUGUAGCAUAGAAGAUGGUAUUGUUACCAAUUCACAGAGGCCAUUGUCAGGGGCUAGAAGCUCAGCUCAACCCUGUACUGCCUCAUUCUAAAGAAGCUCUGUGCUUUCAUGGAAGGUAUUGGCUGAAUAGUAUUUCCUUGUUUCAUUUAAUUUAAUUUAAUUUAAUUUCUUUUUCUUUUUUGCAGGCCAGUGAGGGUUAAGUGACUUGCCCAGGGUCACACAGCUAGUAAGUGUCAAGUGUCUGAGGCUGGAUUU